GCACGACGGGGCGUGGGACGCCGUGCUGUCUUGAUGGUCGAGGGGGAGGUGCACGCAGCGUUCAGUGCCGGAGCGAAGGACACUGUGUCAAGCGCGCAAGAAGUGCAAAGCAACCCACGUGACGCCACACACUCAUGCGUACCACGUAUCGCACCUACGACGCGCUCGAGUUACAAUUCAACGCGCACGAAUUACGACGUCGACGUCCGAUUCAUCACGCCGCUCGCUCUAAGUGCCCACACGCCUCCACAGAGCUCACGGAACUCAAUUGAGCACCACAGCUACGUCGUGGUCGCUUGGACACGCCUCAAAGCGGGUUGCGAUACAAACGACGCCUUGAUAUCCAAAAAACGAGGCUACCUAAUUGAGUUUCGUAUGGAACUGAAACUCAAAACACUGCUUCUCAUCUUCAGCUUCGAAAAACCGGAGACUCGGAUUUUUCUGUUGUGGCGUGUGGGAGAUAGGUCGCGUAUGCCAGUGAGUGCUGAGCUCAUUUUGCCUUUCGCCAGCCAGACAUGCCAUCGCAGCGCGCGACGACGACGAAUAACCCGGCGCUCGAGAUGCUCGAGGUCGACCAGCUUUUGCCCGCCGAGGACUGGGUCAACGACUACGAGCGGUCGCUCUGCCCCGUGUGCACGCGCAACUUUAACACGUUCCGGCGCAAGCACCACUGCCGCAUGUGUGGCGAAGUCGUCUGCGGCAACUGCACCUUGCACAAGAACGUCUUUAUCUCGUCCGUCGGCACCAUGAACGUCCGCGUCUGCCUCUCGUGCAUCGUGACGCUUGGCAACGGCCGCACGUCCGUGCCACCGCCCAUCAUGACGUCGCUGCCGUCGUCGUCCGACGAGUCGCAGCGCCGGUGGAUGGUCAACCAGCUCCAGUCGCCAGUGACCAAGUCCCGCGACGGCGACGACAGCAGCGACGGCCAAUACCACUACCAGCAGAACGCCACAAUGAUGGCGACUCCUGCCUUGGACUACGAGCUCGACUUCAACUGGGAGCACGCGUGGCCGCGGCCGCCGAUGCCGCGCGACGAGAGCUCGCGCCUCGACGCGCUCGACUCGGUCAAGAUCCUCGACACGCAGCCGCAGAUUGUGUUUGACCGCAUCUGCGCGAUGGCGGCGGAGCGCCUGCAGUGCCCGAUGGCCGCCGUGAGCUUCAUCGACGGCAGUCGCCAGUGGUUCAAGGCCAGCGUCGGCCUCGCGCAAAAGUCGAUUCCUCGCCACGUGGCGUUCUGCGCGCACGCCAUUGUCUCCAAGGACCCGCUCGUGGCGCUGGACACGCUCCUCGACCCGCGCUUCCGGUCCAACCCGCUCGUGACGGGCGCGGCGUCCGUGCGCUUCUACGCGAGCGCGCCGAUCUGCGAACACCGGACAGGGCAGGUCCUCGGCACGGUCUUCGUCCUCGACGUGCAGCCGCGCACGUCGUGCGACGCCACGAUCCUCGAGAAGCUUGCCAACGUCGCAAUGGAGAACCUCGUGGGCGCGCAGACGCCCGAGAUGGCGCCGCCCGCGCGCCGGAGCUCGACGAGCUCGACCGACCCGACACGCAGCAGCGAUGGAAGCCUCGACGGCCCCGCGCGCGUCUUUCCGAAUGCCAAGGGCGGGCUCGACGGCAAAGCUGCGACGCCGCCACCAGCAGUCGCGGCCCAGAACGCACUCACAGUCGGGCUCAACAUGGACUUGGCGCCGCCGGCUCCGGGCAGCACGAGCGAGAGCCGCCUCGAGAACCUGCUGAUGAACCUUCUGAGCCAAACGACGCAGACGCAGCACCAGCUCGCGACGCAGCAGAUCAACAUGUCGCAGACGCUGCACGACCACGCGCACCGCAUCGACCACCUCGCGGUCGGGUUGGCGCGCAUGGAGGUGCGCAUGGAAGUCCAGGAGGGCCACACCCGGAGCCUCCACCAGACCCUGCGGCUGCAGUAAGACGAGUCGACUAGGAAGCGAUUAGUGUACAUUUUAGAGCGGAGAGACGGCGAGGCCUCUCCUCGUGGAGUGUUGUUGUAAGUAAAAAUCAAGUGCGAUCUCCAAUACGA